AACAAAUCAAAACCAGGGUCAAGGGAAAAGGCUCCAGCUAUGGCUAUGAAUGCCUUAUACGCAAAACGAGUAGCUCUACUGCUUCUGAUUCUGGUACUUGAUCAUCUUCUUCAAGCAAACUCUGCUUCAUUCAUCGAACCAGAUCCAGGAACUGUAGUUUCCGGUAGGAGGAAGCUUAGAAAGCUGCCACCACCACCGGCGCCUAAGUUAAGUGGAGCUCCGCAUUAUAUGUUCUCUGAUCCACCUCCGCCACCAUCAACGACACAGAUGCGGAGCACAGCUCCAAAUUUACGCACGGUACCCAAGAGGGCACCUCCGGCACCAAAGCUAAGUCGACCUCGGAAUUUCCGUAUUUUUCUUUCACCGCCACCAGCGCCACCACCGCCGCCGCCGCCGGCGUUGAAAGGACGAACUUCGAACUGUAAAAUCGCUCCACCACCGCCUGCCUGACUGCGUCAUCUGCACUGCGUU